AUGUGGCACACCCCCAUGCACAAGCAGUGGGUGAUGCUUGCAAGCCUUGCGGUCUGCAGCGCAGCGUCGGACUCGGCGCGGUUUCUUCGAGGACAGGUUCAGGUAAAUGCCAACAGUUCUCCGAAGAGUGCGAGGACUCUCCAACAGAGAGUUCCUUCAAGUGACCGUCCCGUGUCGCCAAGCUGCCUGCCGGGCUACAUUGACGUCUCGGGUGGUCAGGCCUAUCGUCUGGUCUGUGCUGCCGGCUGCGCGGGGUCUCCCUACUAUGGCCUUGAAAGCUGCGCUUGCGCUUGCGUUCUGCCCGAGGAGGUGGAACCCGCUCAGCUUUCCUCCACGCCGAAGCCGGUGAUUGUGGAAAGCAUUGCCGAGCGUGCUACAGAAGUGAUGAUGAUCGUCGUGGGCUUCUUCUCUAUAUGCUGCAUCGUGGGAGCUUUCGGGACCCUGAUUUCUUGUGCUUUUCAUCACGGCUUCCAAAGUUCGUCAGUGGCCGACGGGCCUGUUAUGUCUAUGGAAGCCUGUGUGGAUCACUGUCCGCAGCCAGAG